AUUCCCCCCCCUAGCCCCCUUCCUCUUAUCAUUUGUUUUCAAUUUUUCGUUCAGACUUCAUGGCACGGGGUCGCCUUCAGAAACCCGAAAAACCAGUUGUGCUUUUACGUAAAAUCAAAUCUCUUUUUACAAUACCUGUUGAAAACAGACUAUGCUUUCAAUCUAAAUGAAUUAAUAACUCAGCCAUUCCUUCAAGAUAGCCAAUAGUCUGAACACCAUGAUCACAAUAAGCAUUGUUAUUACCAUCUUUAUUUUGUUGAGCAUGAGUUCCAUUCUUGGUAUUCUUGUGUUUGUUGUUGAUACUAAGUGGAUACCAAAGAUUAUAAUUGAUCUCUACUCUUAUGGGAAAAGUUGUGAAGGUAAGGUAUUUGGCAGUUCAAUCAGAACUAUCCUUAUUCCGAAGAGUUGGUUUACACACUUUUAUGUGUUUGGAGUAUUCUAUACAUUCCUGGUUCUCAUAACAAUGAUGUGGAAGAUUGUGUUGAAGAAUCAAUUAUCUACGCUUGUAACCUCAUACAUUAGUUUUGUAUCACCAUACACUCACAAUCCUUUAGCUAGCCCUGAGUUAUCACUAUUAGCUGCUGUACUUUUUUUCCUGCAAACAUCCAGGAGGUUGUAUGAAUGUUUGUGUGUCACUGUUUUUGCUGAUUCAAAAAUGAACCUUGGCCAUUAUUUAGUUGGCUAUCUACAUUAUUGGGGGUGUGCCACUGUCAUACUUUCAUACUCAGCUGACUAUUCCAGUACAAAUGAUUUUGUAUGGAUACCAAGUAGCAAUGAUAUCCCUUUACAACCCAUUUUUGGCAUAAUUUUGUUUACUCUUGCCUACUGCCAUCAAUAUAUUGCACAUGUAUCCUUAGCAAAUUUAAGGAAAGAUCCAAAAAAUAAGCAAAAACAUAGUCUUCCCAAAAACGGACUUUUUAACUAUGUCUCCUGUCCAAAUUUUCUCUGUGAAAUCAUUAUUUAUGUCUCUCUAUACAUUAUACUGGGCUUUAAUCAUUAUCCCUGGGCACUGGUAACAUUUUGGGUUUUAACAAACCAGAUCAUGACUGCUACCAUGACCCAUAAUUGGUAUAAAUCCAAAUUCAAGGAAUUUCCUAAAACAAGAAAAGCAAUUAUUCCUUUCAUUUACUGAUUACUUUGGAAAACGACGUCAAAAAUUACAAUUCCUUUAAAGGCAUAAUGAAUUUUUUUUCCCUAUGAUUAAAAAAAAUGUUAAUUAAGUACCGUAUAGUGAUUGUUGUAAUAAUAAGGCAAUUCCAGAGUCAAGGUACAAUUGAGCCAAUAUUGGCUGCUUUUAAUUACACGGCAUGUCGAUUCCGAAAA